AUGCAUCUGCGACUCUUUGCCUUUGGGAUGACCUUGCUUUGUGAGGUGAUCAGGAUGGGGUCGGGCGUCACGCAGAAGCGAAGCGCUGAGUCAGACUGGGUGGAAAGUGUUAGUGGAAAUCUUUCGCCCGACUCAUCAGCGAGCAUCUGGAGGUUUACCGUGAGGAGGCAGCAGGAAGCCUCCUCCUUCCACGAUUUCCAUGGAGCCCAGAGCCAAGAUGCUGAUCUUCUGCAUCUUGAGGAUUUAUGGAGCCUUCCUUCCCCACCUGCUUUCCUUUCUUGCCCUCGUCUUAUUUUUGUUUUAAUAUUUCCUCGAAUAAUCCGGAUCUGUCUUAAUGUGCUUCCUGCAGCUCACAGAGAGACGUCAGAAGACUGUCAGAGUUGUCUGGAGUGUUCGCGGGACAACGGCUGUGUACGCUGCCCAGAGCGGCUCUUCCUGUUUCUCCAGAGGAAAGGGAUGUCUCAUCAUGGGACGUGUCUCCAUUCCUGUCCAACCGGACACUUUGGGCAAAGAGGGAGGGAUGUGAACCGCUGCAUGAAAUGCCGCUCGCUGGACUGCGAGCUUUGUUUCAGUCGGGACUUCUGCACCAAGUGUAAGCCUGGCUUCAAGCUGCACAAAGGCAAGUGUUUGAUCCACUGCCCAGAGGGAACCUUCGCUCAUCAGACAGACUGCCUCGAGGUCUGUCCCCUGCCUCCGCUGGGAGAGUGGAGCGAGUGGAGCGUCUGCGUCCGUGACGGCGCCACCUGUGGUUUCAGAUGGGGAAAGCAGACCCGGGUCCGGGAGAGCAGCCAGAGCGGGAAAGCGACUGAAAAAGCGUCGGUCUGUCCGCCCCAACGUGAAACACAAAGGUGCAGGAUGAAGAAAAAUGUCCCAUAG